GACGCGCUCACCUGACUGUCUCUCUCUCUGCAGAGGAGGAGGCCGGGGACCUGGUCCAGCCGGGCAUCAGCUUUCCGGGGCCGGAGGAGGACGACCUAGACCAGGCGUUCCCGUGGCCGCCCACGCAGGCCUUCGAUGAGGAGCGGCACUCCCCGGCCCCCAGGAGCAUGAAGGGGCCGUCGGGGGGCCGGGCCCCGGCGCCGCUGUGCUCCGCCCACACCUGCGGCCUGGCGCCCCCCGAGGACUGCGAGCUCCUGCGCCUGGGCGCCGGCCCGCACCAGCCCUACCUGCUGAGCCCGCCGGCCGGCUGCCCGCUGGACCCCCGGCGCUGCUCGCCGCGCAGCUCGGUGCACUCGGAGUGCGUGAUGGUGCCCGUGGUGCUGGGCGACCACGUGUCCAGCAGCACCUUCCCCCGCAUGCACUACAGCUCGCACUACGAGGACUGCGCCGGGCCGCACGCCGCCGGCGCCACCAAGGCCAACCGCCUGCCGGCCAACCUGCUGGACCAGUUCGAGAAGCAGCUGCCGCUGCACCGGGACGGCUUCCACACGCUGCAGUACCAGCGGGCGCCGGCCGCGGGCGCCGAGCCGCGCGGCGAGAGCCCCGGCCGCAUCCGGCACCUGGUGCACUCGGUGCAGAAGCUCUUCACCAAGUCCCACUCGCUGGAGGGCUCCUCCAAGGGCGGCGCCAACGGGGCCAAGGCGGACGGCCGGGCCGAGGACCACGGCCACGGCCACCACGCCAAGCACGGCAAGCGCAGCAAGAGCAAGGAGCGCCGGCCGGACGGCAAGCACCACCGCGCGGGCCUGAGCAGCUGGUGGAGCUCGGACGACAACCUGGACAGCGACAGCACCUACCGCGGGCCCGGCAGCGCCGCCCACCGGCACCUGGCGGAGCGCGUGGCCGAGCGCGUGGCCCGCUGCUACGCCGAGCCGCUGCCCGGCCCCUUCGGCGACCUCUCCCUCAGGACCGCCAAGAGCAACAGCGACGUCAAGUGCUCGGCCUGCGAGGGCGCCGCCCUGACGCCCGACCCCAAGUACAUGAAGCGCAGCUCCUGGUCCACGCUCACCGUGAGCCAGGCCCAGGAGGCCUACCGCAAGAGCUCGCUGCACCUCGACAAGCCGCUGGCGCCCCCGGAGCCCAAGCCGGCCCUGCGGCCCUGCCACUACCUCCAGGUGCCUCAGGACGAGUGGGCCGGCUACCCGCCGGGCGGCAAGGACGACGAGAUCCCCUGCCGGCGGAUGCGCAGCGGCAGCUACAUCAAGGCCAUGGGCGACGAGGACAGCGGCGAGUCCGACGCCAGCCCCAAGACGUCGCCCACGGCGGCCCUGCGGCCGGAGCCGCUGCUCAAGUCCCUGGCCCCGCGGCCGCUGGGCGGGCUGCCCACCCAGAGCUACCUGCAAGCCGCCAGCGACGGGCCGGCCGGCCACAGCCUGGACCCUGCCGCCAACUACAACUCCCCGAAGUUCCGCUCCCGGAACCAGAGCUACAUGAGGGCGGUCAGCAUGCUGAGCCAGGCCAGCUGCGUGAGCCAGAUGAGCGAGGCAGAGGUCAACGGGCAGUUCGAGUCGGUGUGCGAGUCGGUGUUCGGCGAGGCGGAGUCGCAGGCCAUGGACGCCCUGGACCUGCCCGGCUGCUUCCGGACGCGCAGCCACAGCUACCUGCGCGCCAUCCAGGCCGGCUAUGCCCAGGACGACGAGUGUCUCCCCGUGCUGACGCCAGCUCACGUCACCGCCACCAUCCGUUCCACUGCAGCCGCCCUCUCCUACGCCAGCUACAAGAAGGCGCCGCCGCCCGUGCCGCCCCGCACCACCUCCAAGCCGCUCAUCUCGGUGACGGCCCAGAGCAGCACCGAGUCCACGCAGGACGCCUACCAGGACGGCCGCGCCCAGCGGGGCUCCCCCUGGGCCCCGGACGGCCGCGGCCUCUACAACUCCACCGACAGCCUGGACAGCACCAAGGCCCUCAGCCUGGCCCUGGAGACGGCCGCCCAGCGCCACGCCGACGGCCCUGGCCGCGGGGACACGACGCUGGCCGCCAAGGCCGAGGACUUCCUCCGGGGCCGGCUCGCCUCCAUCGGCGUCCAGGAUUCUGAGUUCCCAGAGCGUCAGCCUUACCCGCGGUCGGAUGUGGAAACCGCCACGGACUCGGACACGGAGAGCCGCGGCCUGCGGGAGUACCACUCGGUCGGCGUGCAGGUGGAGGACGAGAAGAGGCACGGGCGCUUCAAGCGGUCCAACAGCGUGACGGCGGCGGUGCAGGCGGACCUGGAGCUGGAGGGCUUCCCGGGCCAGGUGACCAUGGAGGACAAGGGCCUGCAGUUCGGCAACUCGUUCCAGCGGCACUCGGAGCCCAGCACGCCCACGCAGUACGGCGCCCUGCGGACGGUGCGCACGCAGGGCCUCUUCAGCUACCGCGAGGACUACCGGGCGCCCGCAGGCGCCGCGCCCCUGCCGCCGCCCGAGCCCUGGCUGGAGCCCGCCCUGGACGUGGCCGAGAGCGGGCGGGCGUCGCCCUGCCGCCGGGACGGCGCCUGGUUCCUGAAGCUGCUGCACGCCGAGACGCAGCGCAUGGAGGGCUGGUGCAAGGAGAUGGAGCGCGAGGCCGAGGACAACGACCUGGCCGAGGAAAUCCUCGGCAAGAUCCGCAGUGCCGUGGGCAGCGCCCAGCUCCUCAUGUCCCAGAAGUUCCAGCAGUUCUACUGGCUCUGCCAACAGAACCUGGACCCCGGCGCCAUGCCCAGGCCCACCUCGCAGGACCUGGCCGGCUACUGGGACAUGCUGCAGCUCUCGGUGGAGGACGUCAGCAUGAAGUUCGAUGAGCUGCAGCGGCUGAAGCUCAGCGACUGGAAGCUGACGGCGUCCCCGGAGAGGAAGGAAGAGCGGAAGGUGCCCCCUCCGAUACCAAAGAAGCCCCCCAAAGGGAAGUUCCCCAUCACGAGGGAGAAGUCCCUGGACCUGCCGGACAGGCAGCGGCAGGAGGCCCGGCGCCGCCUGCUGGCCGCCAAGCGGGCCGCGUCCUUCCGCCAGAACUCCACGGGCGAGCGCGCCGACAGCAUCGAGAUCUACAUCCCCGAGGCCCAGACGCGGCUCUAGGAGCGGCCCCUGGUCACAGCCCCGGCCACAGGCCCCGGCCCUCUGGGCCCGCCCGCCCGGCCGCCCGCAGGCCGGCCUUUCUAGCUCCCGGACGCACGGAUGGUGGCGGGCGGGCAGUGGGGACCUCGCAGGAGCAGGACACGCCUCUGCGGAGGGACCGCCCACAUUUUGUUAUUUCUAUUUUUAUAAACCGUGAGGUAAUCAGAGGCAAGAACAACAAACACGUUCAAACGGGUGCAUCUCCCCCUCCCUGGAGGCACUGCCCCCCGCGGCCCCCCCCCCCCGCCGCGCAGGGAGACCCCGGGCGCUCCCGGGCCCGCGACCAGCCCUCCUCUGUGUGCCAAGUGUGUGGUGACCGCGAGAAGGCACCCUCAGCCACUGCCCCACGUGUGUCUCCACGACCCAGAGGCCGGU